CGCCCCGACCCUGGACAUUUUUAGUUGGUUGUCAACAUAAAUCCCAUCCUGCUCUCCGCAUCCCCCAAAUCCUGAUUCCUUCAGAAAUAAAUUAUCGAUUAUCCAAACGUCGACAAACAUUCACAAACCAGCGUUGUUGCAAAUACUGCUGAACACUGACGUCAAGCGAUGCAUUGAUCUCAAUCAAGGCGCAGUCUUAAACAGCUCAUUAAUUUCGCCUCCCGCUCAAGUCCAGCAGGGAGCAUCGUCGGAAUUUCCGCAUUAUGACACCCACCAGUCCAGUUGGAACGGUCCAGAAUGACGCUCCUGAACCUUUUCCGUCGUUAGAGGAAGAUCCUCCUUCUCCAACGAGUCCUUCUCGAGCAACGACCGAACAUCACAAUCACACCAGAAACCGCGAUCAAUCAACAACCUCUACAUUUCAGGAGCGGCUGCGGAGCGCGUCGAAAGGAUUUUCCGAAUCGAGUCCUCCCACUGGCAUGUGGAUUGCGACCGGACAAAUUGCCGCAUCAGUUCCAUCGUUGACCGAUAUCAGGAGAGGCAGUUACGGGAGUGAAGGGUGGUCUGGAGAAGGGCAGAUUCGAGAGAAGGAAAGACGACGCUCUACACUAUCAAGGCGUGGAAGUUCGCAGACUGGAGAAGAGCUUACUCGAAGGAAAAGCUCAAUCAAUCCAAACAGCCCGCGAGAAACUACCUCGAACCCAGAUAUUAUCCCUGAGACCGUGCCAGAAGUGAGUGCCGAGUCUGAGAAGACAGGCUUAGGAGUCAUCACUUCAGGCGUCCCACUAGGAGCAUCAGAAGCUACGAACUCGAUGUCAAAUCCCGCUGUGACAGAGAAGCGCAUCGAGCGGCGAAGCAGCAGUGACACCAAUAUCACUCCUACCCAGACCGGCAAGACUGCCGCAGAUUUCAGGACCGAGCCGUUCGAGAAUGGAUAUCAAUUUCCGCCAAAGCAUAAGUGGACCGAGUCUACUGCAACUGGACUCAAAGCAUUCUGGAAAUUCUUUCUAACACCUCUUGGCUUUCUCGUUACCAUAUAUGGUCUCAAUGUCGUGGCUUGGGGUGGAAUGCUGUUCUUGCUUCUAUGCAACGCCUCCCCAGCUAUGUGCAAGCCUACUUGCAACGACAUCAACUCGCCUCGUCGUAAAUGGAUUGAAGUCGACUCACAAAUCCUGAACGCUCUAUUCUGCGUUACUGGCUUUGGUCUCAUCCCUUGGAGAUUCCGCGACCUCUAUUAUCUGCUACAAUAUCGUGUCAUGAAGAACGAGCUAGGGCUUCGAAGACUCGCUGGGAUCAAUCGUGGAUGGUUCAGACUUGCUGGAUCUCAGGACCUUCCUAUCGAGCUUGGUCCUGCUGAAGUCGAAGCAGGGGCUGAAGUUCCAGAGAGUAGCAUCCCAUUUCCAAUCUCGAGAACUCCAAAUGCACCAUUGACCGGCAUUCGUGCACCACCAACCAAGAUGUGGAAGUUGGAUUUCGUGAUCUGGACGAUGGUCUGGAAUACAUUCCUUCAAGCAGUCCUCUCAGGUUUCAUGUGGGGUUUGAAUCGGUACAAUCGUCCUUCCUGGAGCACUGGUCUCUUUGUUGCUAUGGCGUGUAUUGUUGCUGCAUGUGGCGGUAUCAUGGCCUUUAUUGAGGGCAAGCAUGUGAAAGCCAUUGAGGGUGUGCCCGUCUCCGAAAAGGAUCAGGAGAGGCUGAAGCGGGAUCGGGAGUUGGGAAUCACUCAUUACAAUAAUAUCAAGGACGAGGGACCGAAAGAGAAGAAGACCAGCGAACAGAAGGGACUCUUCAAGAGGAAGCAGAAGACGGAGGCAGUGGCUGUCGAUGAAGGCGCUUUGGAGAGGGCGUGACACAAAUUGGAAGGUAGUGAAGGUGUUCGUUCGUGUAUUUAGGAUAGAUACCAGUAUUGUUCUUUGUAUUGCUCAUUAGGAGCCUGCGCAUGAUACCCUCAAUUGAGGUCAUUUACAUAUGGAAAGGAACAAGCUGAAAGCGAAGUGGACAAUGGCCGAGCCGGCUUUUUUUCGAUCAAUGUAGAAUGUCUGAUACUUACGACAAUUUGAAUCACGAUCUCAG